AAACAGAUAAUGCAAAAGUUUAUUAAAAUAUAUUUUGCAUGUUUUCAUGAUCUGACUAUAAAAUAACUAGCUCUAAAAAGAAUUACUAAUUUAAAAACUUAGUACUACUUUCUAUGUGAUUAGUGAUGUGAAGUGACAAGAUGCCAGUGAAGUCUUUCAAUACGUCACUGUCCAGUUUGAACUGGUCUGAAGCGGUUUGGGAUGUACCGCCCAUGGAACUGGACAUGUUCUACCGACCGGACGUCGUUAUCAUUGUGUUGUAUGUGGCUGUCCUGACAGCCUCACUGUCUGCCAACACACUGCUCAUCUUCAUCGUUAUCAAGUUCCAGUAUAUGAGGAGUGUGACGAAUAUAUUUCUGGUGAACCUGUCAGUCGCUGAUCUACUGGUGACGUUGUUCUGUAUGCCCGUUCAGAUCUCCAAAUCUGUUACCCUGCUGUGGUAUUUCGGAGAAGUUAUGUGCAAGACAGUAAACUUUUUACAAGGAGUGGCAGUGUCUUCUAGCGUUUUCACAAUAACUGCGAUGUCAGUGGACCGCUAUCUAGCCAUCACGCAGUCGCUGCGACAACCCUGGAUACCGUCACGACGAGGAGCCUGCAGCCUGCUCGUCGGGAUCUGGCUGAUAUCGCUGGCUAUAUUUGCACCGUUGUUAGCAGUUGCUGCUGUCGAGAGAGAGGUCAUACCACUACUAGUUAGAACGAGGAAUGGAUCGAUUUGGGUCGAGAGAAGCGUCGAGUUCUGCACAGAGAAAUGGCCAGACACGAUCAAGAAAGAAAUGUUCGGAGCUCUCAGUUUCAUACUCGUCUACGCAGUUCCUGGUUGUGUGGUUGUGAUCUCAUACUCUCUGAUGGGCCGCAGGUUAUGUUCAGUACUGCCUCCGUUCGAUCAAGCUGAAGGCAGCGCAAGUAGUCAACAGCGUAUACGGCUCGUACGUGAGAGAAAGAGAGUGGCUCUGAUUCUUCUGUUGCUGGCUGUCUUGUUUGCUCUGUGCUGGCUGCCUUACAACAUCCUGCAGCUGAUGAUUGAUGUUAAUGCUGUCCAAGUAGAAUCUGUUGCUGUCAUGCUGCCUUAUACGUUAUUAUUAGGUCAUGCGAACUCGGCCAUAAACCCCAUAGUUUACUGCCUGAUGACCAGAAACUUCCGGCGCUCACUCCGCAAGCUGAUCUGUCACGACACCGGUAACAUUCACUCUUCUACUCAUUUCCAUAUGCAAGGGAUUCGUCAAAAGUCCAACACGUCUAGUGGGCGGACAUGUACUACAGUGACAUUUCGUAGCAGUCAGCAAGGCCGCCUCUCCUACUCCCCGAGUAUACAGUACGGCAAAGUUCAGCGAAGCUGUUCGCGAGAUCCCAAUAGGAAAGACAGGGGACAUAAACCUCAGUUCUUAUAAAUAUUGUCAUAAAUUAUAAUCGAUAAAUUAUUAAUUUUGAACGGUUUUGUAAUUAAAGAACAAUAUCUAUAGGUAUAAUAUGAAAUUGUACUUCAAUUUAACUUCGCAUUCUUUGUAAAGACAGUAUUUUAUUAGCGGGAAACAAAAUUCAAAUUUUGGAAUACUUCACAGUCCUCAUAGUGGAUAUCCCGAUGUGGAUUCCAUUAAAAUUACUGCAUUCUUCACUACUACUGAGGUUUAGCCUAUGCUAAUUUUAUUCUGUUAUUUGCCAAGCGAAACAGGUUUUCCACUCCAUUGAUAUUAGUCCAUUCCCGGUUGUCGCCCUCUAGUAUAGCCAUUAGUAGUUUUAAAAAGUUGCACCUUUCAUGACUUAAAACAUGACCCAGAUGUGAUACUUUUCUGCAUUAAGUCCAGGCUUCGCUACCGUUAAAUAUUCCAGGCUGGACAUUAUAAUUAUAGUGCCAUGAAAAACAUAAAUUGUAAUAAAUCCAAGUCUCGCAACUCAGUUCUUCUACGAAAAAAUGUUGUGAGAUCCAAAUCGGUCGAUUUAUUCAAUUACUACUUAAUGGUCCUUCUGUCUUUAGUUAUUACAAAAUUAGCUAACUUUGCAACAUCAUCUAGUAACCAAGUCUCUAGUCACUGGGUUUAUUCUCAGUUCAACAAUGGUAUGAAGAAAAUGUGCACCUACGUGAUACAUAGUGCUAAAGACCUCGGAAUAACUUUUGACAAAUCCUUGUCAUUCAAUUUAAAUAUAAGUAACGUUAUUGCAAAAGCUAAUUAAAUGAUGGGUUUUAUUUUCAGAAUAACAAAAGGGUAUAGGAAGCUUCAAAGAAGGUUAAGCCUUCUGCAUCUUUACACAUGUCUUAUUCGCAGUGUCUUAAAAUAUGGUACUUCUGUUUGGUCCCCUUACCAAAACACUUACCAAAAGGCUGACACUAUCGAGUCUG